GUUGCGAUGUUGAUAAUACGAAAUCAUCAUAUAUAGAAAAAUGGCUGCUUCAUCGCAUGACGAGUUGUUGGAAAUAAAAGCGGCCACUCAAAAAAUAAAAAAUGUGCUAGAAAAGGGCGGUCUUGAAGGACUACGAAAGGAAAUAAAUGAGAAUUUAUAUCUUUGGCAAGAAACACAGCUGAAUGUGGCAGUAACCGGAAGUUCCGGCGCAGGAAAAUCGACAUUAAUAAAUGUGAUGAUGGGCUUGAAUGAGGACGACGAGGGAGCAGCACCAACCGGGGUCACUGAGACAACUUUGGCAAUAUCUACGUACAAGAAAGAAAAUAGCAGAGUGACAUACUGGGAUUUACCUGGUGUUGGCACACCAAAUUUCCCGAAAGAUACAUACGUAGAGAGAGCGAAACUGAAGGACUAUGACUUCUUCAUUCUGAUGGCUAGAAGCAGAUUUACCGCGAAUGAUGCCUGGUUAGCAAAGCAGAUACAAAAACUAGGUAAAAGGUAUUACUUUGUAAGAUCGCAUAUCGGCCAAGAUAUUCAGAAUUAUAAGAGGGCUUAUCCAAACGCGGAGUCUGAAAAAGAGCUGAACGUCAUCAGAAACGAAUGUGAAAACAAACUGAAGGAAGAGGUUCAAGAAAAUACCACAAUUGUCGGACAAUCAAUACAUUUAUUUUUAAUAGAUAGCUUUAUGUGCGAAAGCUACGAUUACAACCAACUUGUAGCUGCGCUUAUUAGAGAAACCGGUGGAUUGAAAGCAAGCAUUUUAGCGACAAGUAUCUCUUCUGCUACACAAGAGAUUAUAGAUAAGAAAUGCCGCGGCCUCUUCAUCAGAAUUCAGUACGUGUCUUUUCAGUCUGGAAUGAGAUGUACAGUUGCUUCAGCCGAGCACGAGAUGAAAGAUGUUUUCGAGCAUGAAAGUAAAUAUUAUCGAGAGGUGUUUGAAAUUGACGAUGACACACUGAAAGUCGACGGAGACUUGUUCAGUCUUUCAAAACUUGACACUUACAUGAAGAUAAAACAGCUAAAACGAAUUGAUAAACGUUUAAUCACAUCACAUGUGAUGGGGAUAAAAGAAAGCAUAAAACACUUCAAAAAAAAGAUAAGAUCCGAUUUAGAUAAUAUGAAUAUAGGUCAGAGGAACUUUAUUUGCAUAGUAUUUAACAUGUUGUUAACGUACAUGAAAUGCAUGCAUAAAAUUGCUAGAAAUCUUUUCCAAAAUGUACCAAUUCAGGUUGCCAAAGAGUGCGCUGUUAAAACAGGGCUUUAAACUGACAAGUAAUGUAUUAAAAAAAAAGAAAACAAUACAUGGAACAAACUAUUUCGGAACAAGUUUUCUUUUAAUUUAUGUAAGCCACAAUUGCCAAAUACACGGUUCACGUUCAUUUAUUAAAUGAUUUUUUUUUCAUCUGAGUUUCGUUUCAGCAAUAUUCAUGUCUUUUAUAUUAAUUUACUUUGCAUGAUAUGAUAUCUAGUAAACUUUAGGUUUAGUAUUGCUGUAAGGUAUACAAUGUAGUUUUUAUUAUUACAUGUGAGUCAUUGUUUAGAUAUCCAUAACGCUACAAUAAUAAUUUUAAAAUCGGAUCAUUAUAAAAAAAAUAUGAACUUUCAAAAUUAAGGAACAUGGCUGACAAAGAAGGUAGACAUUUUAGCGUUAAUGAAGACAUAUGUACACUGCUGAAUUAUGUCUUUAUGAAAUACUUUUCAAAUAUUUUUCAAAUAGACGAAUAUUGACUGUUGUUGAGUUUAAGAUAGAAAUCAUAUUGUUUUCUUUCUCUCCUGUUCGAAAACAAGAGAAAUUACGUUUUCAUAAUAUAGUUAAAAUGAAUAUCUAAAACAGAUCUAAUCAUACAUUUUGUUUUCGCUGCCAUUGAAAUAAAAUGGCCACCAAUUUGAUUAAAUAUUGAAAAUCUAAUUCUGAAAAAUCUUACUGUGCCUAAAAUUAUUUAAGAAAACCAUGCAGACAAAAUAAUGAUUACUAGAAAAGCAUGACCUUUUCGUUCCAACUAUGACUAUUGAUUGCGAACUUUAUCAGGGAAGGGUCAUUAUGAAAGGAAAAAGUAUUUAUGAGCUAAUUUACUUUUGACAUAAUCCGACUCCAGAUGUUCAUUUUUUACUUUGUUCAUUAUGUUUCAAGUUGCAUCGUUUAUUAUGUAUUUAUAUUGGAAAUAAAAUAUG